AUGCUGAAUAUUUUUUUUUUUUCAGAACAUAUAGAUCCUAUUGAAUGUCCAAAUUUUUGUGGCAGAUCAUACAAAGGCAAGUUUCAAAAAUCUAGUCUUAGAAGACAUCUUAUUUACGAAUGCGGAGUUGUUCCUCAAUUUCAGUGUCCUGAGUGUCAAAAACGAUUUGCUGAUAAGGGCAGUAUGAAAAGACAUAACAUAUAUUACCAAAUCCUCUAUUCUGUGAGAACAAUUGUGGUCGAUAUUAUACAGGAAAAAAACAUUUGUUUGCUGGUCAAAGAUUUAAGUGCCCAAAAGAAUGUGGUAAAUCGUACAAGAACAAAUACACCCUUAAACGACAUUUAUUUUUUGAAUGUGGUGGUAAAAAAACAUUCUCUUGUAACGUGUGCAGUAAAAAAUUUUCACAGAACACUAAUCUGA